AUGGCGACGGGACCAAAACCACCGCCUGAUAUGUCAGCAGGUCCAGAUGAUCCAGUGAUCCGGAUUCUUCUGAUGGGCAGAAAGGGUUCUGGGAAAAGCUCAUCUGGAAACACGAUACUGGGAGAAAGAAAGUUUAAAGUUAAAAAGAAGCAUGAGUGUGAAGUUUGUAAAGAAGUAACCCAGAUUGGAGAGAAGCAGGUGCAUGUGAUUGAUUGUCCAGACCUACUGGUUCCAGAUCUGAAUAAAGACAAGCUGGAGAAACUGAAAGAGCAGCUGGUCUCUCAAUGUUCAGCAGGUCUCAGUUCAGUUCUGAUCACAGUUCCUUUAGAGGAACAUGUGGAAAAAGAGGAAGAGAUCCUGGAUUAUAUUAAGUGUUUAUUAGGUCCUGAAGUUCAGAAGUACAUCAUGAUUCUGUUCACACAUGGAGAUGAUCUGGAGGAGCUGGAGGAGACCAUUGAUGAACAUCUACAAAACCAUGAAGAUCUUCAGCGACUGGUGACUGAAUGUGGAGGAAAGUUUCACUGUUUCGAAAACAAGAGUCAAUCACAAGAUCAGGUACAAGAACUACUGCAGAAGAUUGAAGGAACGAUGAUGGAGAACGGAGGGAAGUUUACCAUGGAACAAAUGAGGAGGAGUGACAGCAAGAACACUAUUGUCAAUUUUUCAGGAGACAGUUCAACUUAUGAAUUUUCACUUGAGCAUCCGAAAGACCAGAUCAGACUGGUUCUGCUGGGAAAAACUGGAUCUGGGAAAAGUGCCACUGCAAACACCAUCAUCGGCAGAAACCUGUUUGAAUCUUCAGUCAGUUCAAGCUCUCAGACUAAAGAGUGUCAGUCAGAAACUACAGUGAGGAAGGGUAAAAAGAUCUCAGUCAUCGACACACCUGGACUUUAUGAUACUGAACUCAGUAAUAAGGAAGUAAUGAAAGAAAUAGUUAAAUGCAUAACAUUCGCCUCUCCAGGACCACAUGCUUUUAUUUUUGUGAUUAAAGUGGAUCGAUUUACUGAGGAGGAGAAAAAUACAGUAAAGGAGCUCAAAGAAGUGUUUGGAGAACAGAUGGAAAAAUACACUGUAGUCCUCUUCACUCACAAAAAUCAGUUAGAGAAGAAAAAUACAACCAUUGAGCAGUUUCUAGAAAAUGGUAAUCCAGAUCUGAAAGAGUUUGUAAACAGUUGUGGAAAUCGAUUCUUCUGUCUGGACAAUGAGUCUGCUAGUUUCUCACAGUUCAAAGAUCUGAUCAGUAAAAUAGAGAAGAUGGUGACAGAAAACGGAGGGACACACUUCACCAAUGACAUGUUCAAAGAAACAGAAAAAGACAUUCAGGAGAUUCAGAAGCGGAAACUGGAUGAAAAAGUGGAGCGGUUCAAACAGGAGAACAAACAAGUCACUCAAUCAGAAUGGCAGAAAAUAUACUGGAGUUUAGUAGAGGAGACAAAACAUGAAGCGCAGCAAUCUUUUUUGGAACGUUUUUAUGAAGUUUUUGAAUUGCCUUUUGCACAGAGAACUGAAGAGGAAAAGAGUGGAAUCAAGGAGGCACAGAGCAAAGGAAUCAGUCGUGGAAAGGCUAUUAUACUUGCAAUCAGAGCCUCAAGGAAACUAGCAGGCAAGAAAACGUGUAGCAUUCAGUGA